AUGUUUCAACGUAUCGGUGACAUUGAUACGUUGAAUGAAAAAUAUCAAGCACAAGCAUCGAUCGAAUCUCGUUGGCUAGUUGAAUUAGCCGAUUUCCUCCCAAUUCUUCCGCUUAUUGAUCAAAACAAUUUGAAUCAAGGAAAAUCUGUAUCUCUUGCCAAAUAUGCCGACGUAAAUUGGCAUCCUCAAUUGUUUAUCGAAAAUGCUUUUGGAGAUCUGAAAGAACAAAUAAGAUAUAGUGCAAAGAAAACAUCGAAUGGUCAAGUCUGCAUAUGUGAACUUCGUGAAAUCAAAGGAUAUUUUUGGGAAAAACUUGAAUUGCAUCAUUUUCCAUCUGAUAUUCAAGAACUAACAAUUUCUGUUGGUUCAAUGCUCUAUGAUGACAAAGUAAUACUAAUGCCGGAUCCAUAUUAUCGUAGUGGAAUAAAUCGUGAAGCAUUCAUCGAUCAACAAGAAUGGUCAUUGUAUGAACAUGUUAAUGCAAAGCAACGUUUCGUUGAGGAGUUUUUUAGCAAUAUUAGUGGCGACGAAAAUAUAGAAAUGGACUCAAACGAAGGACGGAAACGUUCAUUUGUAUCUGUAUCGUGUCAUGCAGGUUAG